ACUUAACUGAUUCUAAUUCAAUAUCAAAUUCUGAUAUCGAUUCUGAAACUCUUUCUGAAAACCCUAGCACUUCUAGUGACAAAACAUUAAGUGAAGACAAUAUUAGUACAGAUCAUAAUAAUAACACAGAUUAUACAGAUCAGUUUGAUGAAGAUAAUGGUUCCAUUAUUAAAACUAAACUACAAAAAAAUAGUAGUUGGAUUUGGCAGUAUUUUCGCAGAAGGCAUCUAUCACGAAAAUGGAAAACACAUGCAAAUUGUACUGUAAUCAUAAAAACUAAAAAAUCACCAAAUGGACGAGAAUGUGGUCAGUUAGUUAAAACUCAAGGUUCGACUGGUAAUUUUCAAACAUAUUUAAAUACACAUGUAAUUACCAAACCUACUAAAAUUACAAAUACAACUACACAACCAACAAUCACUGAAAUGUUUUAUUAUGCUACUAAACAAAAUUCUCAUCAAAAAGAGACUAUUGAUCAUGCUUUGACAAAAUGGAUAGUUACAAACUUACAACCUCUUUAUGUCCUACAAAAUGAAAGUUUUAUUGAAUUUGUUCAUGCAUUAAACCUAUAUUAUGAAUUACCAUCUGAUAAAUCUGUAAAAGCGCUAAUUCACAAAACACAAGAGUUAUUAAAAAUCUCAAAAGAACAAAUUGAUGAUAAUGAACAAAAAUUUCUUCAUGCGAUAUCUGAUACUCCAACAUUAACUAUGAAUGCAGAUACUAAUUAUAAUAUUCGUAAAGAUGCAAUUUAUUUAAAAUCAUUGAUGAUUACAGAAGAAGAAUGGAGAGUUCUUGAGGAACUAACUGUACUUUUGGCCCCUUUUGCUAAGAUUACCGAAUUACUAAAUAGUAGUAAUUAUUUUAUACUUAGUUUUAUGUGGCCAGCUAUUACUACUCUUACUAGAAACUGUGAACCAAUAUUGGCAAAUAUAGAUGAAGAAAUUAAUUUAAUAAGUAUAUUAACUAUUUUUGAUGAGAAAGAAGAGGAAGAUAUUGUUAAUUUGGAUGAAGAAUUAGAAAUUAUUACUACUGCAAAUGGAAAUAAAAUCAAGCUUAGUCAACCUCAAGAUACAGAUGAUUUAGUAGAAAAAGUAAAAGAAGAUUUACAUAAAGUGUUAUAUUAUUAUUGGAACAUACUACUUAAUAGUUCACUGAUUGCAAUGUUACUUGACCCUUACUGUAAAUCAAUGAACAAACUUGAUAGUUGGGAACAUGAUAAGGCCAUUAGUCUUUUGCAGGAAGAAUAUAAUUUACUUAAUACUGAAAAUGAAACUGUUACUAACUUACAGACUAAAGAACAAAAUGAGAGUCAAAUAAAUCUUUUUUCAAUAAUGUUCAGAUUGGAUACAACAUCAACACCUCAUAAGAAUGAAAUAGACAAAUAUCUUAAGAUUGAUCAAGUACCAGUUACAACUGAUCCACUUAAUUGGUGGAAAGGUAUUCAACAAAAGCUUUCAACCCUUGCUGGUUUAGCACACAAAUAUUUGGCCAUGCCUGCUAUAUCAACACCAAGCGAACAGUUAUUUUUAAGCACGGGUAAUUUAAUGAUAUCAAAGUGUACAUAA